ACAGGAACCUCUUAUGUGUUUUCUCUUGAAUGGCCGGCUCCCAGAUGGAAGCCAGUUAUCGGAAUAGAUCUAGGAACAACUUACACUUAUGUUGGUGUUUACAAACAUAAAAGAUUCGAGAUCAUAGCCAAUGACCAAGGUAACCUGAGUACCCCGUCAUGGGUUGCCUUUACUGAUGUUGGAAGAUUGAUCGGUGAGCCUGCCAAGAAUCAGGCAGCUAUUAACCCCGAGAGGACAAUCUUUGAUGUUAAAAGACUUAUUGGUAGAAAGUUUGAGGACGAAGAGGUCCAGAGACUUAAGAAGCUUGUCCCGUACAAUAUUGUUAGCAAGGAGGGGAAGCCGUGUAUAGAGGUUAAGAUAAAAGGGGAAGAAACAAUGGUGUUUAGUCCUGAGGAGAUCAGUGCGAUGAUUCUGACAAAGAUGAAGGAGACAGCAGAAGCAUAUCUCAGAGAGAAGGUUAAGGAUGUUGUUUUAACUGUCCCUGCUUACUUUAAUGAUGCACAGCGACAAGCUAUGAAAGAUGCUGGCAUUAUAGCAGGACUUAAUGUUGCAAGAAUCAUUGAUGAACCAACUGCAGCUGCUAUUGCCUAUGGUCUGGACUGGCACAGCGAUGAAAAGAACAUACUUGUUUUCCAUCUUGGUGGUGGGACAUUAGAUGUCAGUAUCUUAAGUGUUAAAAAUGGAAAUUUUGAGGUUCUCGCGACCAAUGGAGACGCUCAUCUGGGAGGUAAGGAUUUUGAUCAGAGGAUCAUGACAUAUUUGAUCAGGUUAAUCAAGAAGAAGCACGGAAAGGAUAUCAGCAAGGACAACAGAGCUCUUGGGAAGCUUAAAAUAGAAGCAGAGCGAGCCAAGAGAGCUUUGAGUACUGAACUUUAUGUCCGCGUGGAAAUUGAAUCACUCUUCGAUGGUACUAAUAUUUCUGAACCAUUUACCCGAGCUCGUUUUGAGGAGUUAAACAACGACCUGUUUAACAAGACCAUGGAACCGGUCAAGAAGGCCAUGAAAGAUGCUGGAUUGGAGAAACACCAAAUUGAUGAGAUUGUACUUGUUGGAGGAAGUACGUGGAUUCCUAGGGUCCAAAUGCUUCUUAAAGAUUACUUUGAUGGUAAGGAGCCUAAAUGGGGAGUAAGCCCAGACGAGGCUGUUGCUUAUGGUGCUUCUGUACAAGGAAACCUCUUAAAUGAUCCUACAGGUACAAUGCUGAGUCGGGAAGAGCUUAUUGGCAUGAUUCGCGAGGCUGAAAAGUGUCAUGAAGAAGAUGAUAGAGUGAGGAUGAAAAUUCAGGCUCGAAGGAGGUUGGAGACUUACCUAUACAACAUGAAGAAUCAGACUAAUGACAAGGACAAGCUUGCCGAUGAUUUGGAAUCUGAAGAAAAGGAAAAAAUUGAUACAGCAGUUAAAGAGGCUCUUGAGUGGCUAAAUGACAACCAGAGCGCUGAGAAGGAAGAUUAUGAUAACAAGCUCGAAGACUUAGACGCUUUCUGCAAUCCGAUCAUCAUAGCUGUAUACCAGAGGUCUGUUUGUCCCUCUGGGGCUGGCACAAAUGAUAAAGAUAGUGUUUCACGCGACGAGCUGUGAAGACUUAAAGUGCUAAUGUCAAGUUUUAAGUCAAUAGAUUAAAGAAGGAUUAGUGUUUGAAGAUUAAAUUAUAUUAAUUACAAUAUAAAAUUAACUUGAGUUCUUUGUUAAAAUGUAAAUUCUGCAAUUAUAUAUGUUGAUUGUGUGUGUAGCUUGACAUAGUUUGAAGUGUUAUCUUAUACGCCAAGGCAUAGGACUUUACUCA